GAUCUGUCCGUGACAGUCUCCGCCUCCCACGGUGAAUGUAUGUCUGACAGUCAACAAUUAUAAAAAUUAUAAACAGCACUGUAACUGACAUUUACGGUAAAGUUGAGUGUGCUAAUGCAAGAACAAAAAGAAUUUCCAUUUUAUAAAAGAGUUAUCCUAUCAAUAAUACCAAUUUAGUAUAAAAAGAUGAGCUCAAUGAGCUCGCCGGUGUCAGUGGGCAAUGCAAAUUCCACUUCGGGUGUACCAGGAAUGGAAACAAUUGUUGCAAUUGCACUGGGUGCUCUGGCUGCUGUAUUUCUUGGUGCCUUAUUUGUUCUCUUGAUAAUUUGUCGAAGACAACGUUGUUAUUAUAAGCAAAAAGAUUCGCCAGACAUGAGUUCAGAUUUAUUAGAAGGGGAAAAUAUCUCGGGUCUUACUUUAGAUGCUUGGGAGAGUGAAGAAUGGUUGGCAGGAGCUGAUAGGUGGGUUGACGAUGCGACAGGAUUGGCACCACCUUGUAUUGCAGUUCUUCGAUCUUGUCACUCUUUGGCAGCAAGUUUGACAGCAAUUGCUGGCACUGUAAACAGCAACACUGUUCCUCUUGAAAUUGUCGAUGUCGCAAGGCGAAUUCCUCCAAGAGUGGACGACGUUGUUCGUAGUUUGUAUCCACCGCUAGAUGCUCGAUUAUUAGAGGCCCGGGUGGCGGCUCUCGUUCUUGCAGUAACACAUUUGGCAUUGGUGACAAAACACGGAGUACCUAAAAGUCAAGCUCGAAAAUUAGCGUUCAUUGAUCAAGCACUUAAUGACAUGGACUCACAUUUAUUAGUCCUAAGAAAUGCAGCAUUGGCUCAGGAAGCUGGUUGUACGAUACCAGCUUCAACUCCCGUUUAAAAGAAAAAGUUAUUUCCCCUCCCCCCGAAAGAAGGUACUCAAAAACCUAUUUUCAAAAGAUGCAAUAAAUCAACUAAAUUUUUAAUUCUUAUAUAAAUACAAAAUAAGAAUGUAAAAAUCUUCCAAAAGAUAUAAAUGUUAAAUAUCUUUUUUAAAAGAUGGAAAUUUUGUGUAAAUAGAAACAUGAAAAAAAGGAAAUAUUUUUAUACUUGGAUUAACUAUUCAAGUAAUACUUUUCAAAUAUAAAAUUUUACAUCUCAAAGGAAACUUUAACUUUAAGAAGUAAUACAAAAAUUUAUUUCCAUAACAAUAGUUGAGAAUAUUCAACGUCAAACGUUGAAGUCUCUUUUUUUAUAGAUCUCAUUCUGAAUUG